UCUUAGCUAAAGAUCCAAACUUUCGUCAACUUCACUCAACGAACUCUUACUUCAUCUCGAAAGAUCCAAACUUUCAACUUGUGGGCAUUUAAUUUUAUACUGAAUUCUUUGCAACAAAAUACAAAGGACAAACCAGUUUCAGGGUAAAGUUUUGUGGGUGAGUGUCAAAACUGCGACUUUGAUUUUCUUCUAUAAUGUAUUUGAAUAAUUGGGUGUAGGAGUUUUGUGGCUUUUAGGUAGUGGGUAGGUGAGAGAUUUUGAAAGAGUGAUUUGAGUACAGAGAUUUUGGAAUUAUGAAGAGUGUAUUGUUGGUUAUUUUUGUUUGUAUUGUGUAUGGAUCAUUUGUUUUUGGGUUCAAUGGUGAAUACUUCCAAGAUGUGGUCACUGAGUAUAAAACUGAAAGUGUGACCUACAACUAUGAUAGGAUUGAUGAAGUGAAGAAGAAAUGUGGUUUUGUUUUAUCUUCUGCUAGUGAGUUGAAGGUUGAUGAUAGUAGGUUUUAUAGUAUCAAAGAUGAUCUCAAUGUAGAGAGUGGUGAUUGGGAGCAGGAGGUGGGUGAUGCCCCAAUCAUGCCAUUUGAUGAUAGGGACAUCCCGAAGAAGUCAUCUCGAAACCCUUUGAAACUGGUUUCUUUCUGGGUUACAGACGUUGAUCUUAAGCAUCGUUCGAAGAAAUAUGUUAGUGUAAGAGGGGACAUGCUUAUUGGUAUAACACUAGAUGAUUCAUUUUCUGAGAAACCUUAUGAAGGGGGAGGCCCUCAAUUUCAGAUAUGGCCUAAUCAUACUCAAAUUUCAAUGUCAUUUCAAGGGAUAUAUACUGAAACUAAGAAAAAUGGUGGUGAAAGGGUGUUAUGUUUGUUGGGGACUGCAAUGUUACCGUCUAGGGAGUCUGAUUCGAACAAUCCAUGGGAAUGGAUGAAGGGCUCUGAUCAGAAUUAUUACCAGCCACCACUUUUGCAAGAUGAUCAAAUUCUGCUUGUGCUUAAUUCCCCUAUGACUUUCACGCUUACAAAUAGGGCAAUACGAGGGGAGAUGAGCAGUUUAAACCCAAAGUCAAAUCAGAAGUACUUUGACAAAGUUCACAUUUUGUCCCAAUUUGGCAGGUCAGCACACUAUGAGUUUGGUGCUGAGAAGAUUGUUUCAAAGGCAUGUGACCCGUAUCCCUACCAAGAUAGCUUCUUGAAAGGCGGCAUUGAUAUCUAUAAAGGGAGUGGUAGGUUUUGUGAAGUUUUAGAGCAGGUUACUACUGGAGGAGCUUUUGGUCGUGCAGGAGUUCUCACUGUCGUGCCAUACUGGAAAUGCAAUGGCACAGACAAUUUUUGUAGUAAGCUGGGUCCAUUUGGUUCAGACAAAGCAAUUCAAGCAACAGAUGGAAGCUUUAAAGAUGUCACAAUUUUAAUUCAGAACCUUAGGUGUCAACAAACACAUGGAAAGGGCAACGCCAGCUCAGCAAAGGUUGCUGCAGUAUUUCGAGCUGUCCCUCCAUUGGAAAAUAGACAUAAUGCUGCAUGGAGAUAUGGGGUAAGCAACUUGACCGUUGCUGCUGAGGGACUUUGGAAGUCUUCGAGUGGGCAACUCUGCAUGGUUGGUUGCCUUGGGCUAGUUGAUGCAGAAGGGACUGGCUGUGAUACUCGAAACUGUUUGUACAUUCCUAUGUCAUUUUCCAUUAGGCAACGAAGCAUAAUCGUUGGCAGUUUUUCCAGCAGUAAUAGUAGCACAUCAUAUUUCCCUUUAUCUUUUGAAAAGCUUGUUGGGCCGACAGAGUUGUGGAAUUAUUUCAGAACUGCCACUCCACAUUACAGUUACUCAAAAAUAGAUGCAGCUGCUAUUGUCCUCGAAAAGAACGAGCCUUUCAGUUUUCGAACAGUCAUCAAGAAAUCCUUGCUUCACUUCCCCAAAUUGGAAGAUUCAGAGGCAUUUUUAUCUAGUCUUUCUCUUCUUUCAAAAGGCCCAGGGAGAAACCAAUUCAACCAGCAAUACAAAUGGGACAGCCCACACCCUAUGUAA